ACUGUCACUUUUAUUUUUCCGCUUGUGGUGUGCGACAGUGUUCUCAGUUUUCCGCAUCUCCUGGCUCAGUUUUCACGAAAAUUUGCCAAAUAACCAGUGAAAUUUGUGAAAAAGGAAAAACUAAGCGAAAAUGUCAGACUCCGAGGCGAGUAACAUGUCCAACAGUGGCUCUGAUGUGGACAGUGCAGCUUCCAAUCGUUCCAGGGCAUCGGACAGAUCUCGAUCGGGCUCUCGAUCAAUGUCCAGAUCGAAGAGUCGCUCACGGUCCAGAUCAAUGUCUAGGUCCAUUUCCCGAUCGCGUUCACGUUCUCGUUCCCGUUCACGUUCGCGGUCGCGGUCGCGUUCAGCAUCAGCCUCGGAUGGCGAUGUGCGGCAGAAAAAGCGCAAACGUGGAAGGAAUCGGCACGAGGAGGAAGAGCUGGAGGAUGAGCAAGAGCCGGAAGGGGAAGAUUUGGAUUCGGAGUAUGAUGAUGAAGAGGAGGAAGAUGAUGAGAAUAGGCAUAGGAAAAAGAAGAAGAAGGAGCGUUUUGGGGGUUUCAUCAUUGACGAAGCCGAAGUGGACGACGAGGUGGAUGAGGAUGAUGAAUGGGAGGAAGGAGCCCAUGAGAUUGGUAUUGUGGGCAAUGAAAUUGACGAAGUAGGCCUUACGGCCAGAGACAUUGAAAUUCGUCGACGUGGCACGAAUCUCUGGGAUUCACAGAAAGAAGAUGAAAUUGAGGAGUAUUUGAGGAAGAAGUAUGCCGAUGAACCGGCCACGAGGAAGCACUUUGGUGAUGGUGGUGAGGAGAUGAGUGAUGAGAUUACGCAGCAAACCCUCUUGCCCGGCAUCAAAGAUCCCAAUCUGUGGAUGGUCAAGUGUCGAAUUGGUGAAGAAAAGGCAACGGUGUUGCUGUUGAUGCGUAAAUACCUGACAUACCAGAACACCGAUGAUCCCAUCCAGAUCAAGUCAGUGGUGGCUCCGGAGGGUGUCAAGGGGUACAUUUACAUUGAGGCCUUCAAGCAGACGCACGUGAAGGCAGCCAUUGCCAAUGUGGGCAAUCUGCGAAUGGGUCAGUGGAAGCAGGAGAUGGUGCCGAUUAAGGAGAUGACGGAUGUAUUGAAGGUGGUGAAGGAGCAAGUAGGACUCAAGCAGAAUCAGUGGGUUAGGCUGAAACGUGGUCUCUACAAGGAUGACAUCGCCCAGGUGGACUACUAUGAUCUAGCCCAGAAUCUUGUGCACUUACGUCUUCUGCCUCGGAUUGACUACACGCGGAUGCGUGGAGCUCUGAGAACUACUCAGACAGAAGCUGACGAUGCCAAACGCAAGAAGAAACGUCGCCCAAUGGCCAAACCCUUUGAUCCCGAAGCCAUUAGGGCUAUUGGUGGUGAGGUGACAUCAGACGGAGAUUUCCUCAUCUUCGAGGGCAAUCGCUAUACGCGCAAAGGAUUUAUGUACAAGAGCUUUACGAUGUCUGCUGUACUGGUCGAGGGAGUUAAGCCGACCUUGGCAGAGUUGGAGCGUUUUGAGGAAUCACCCGAAGAGAUCAACAUUGAACUGGCCGUGUCGUCAAAAAGUGACCCAACAAGUGCCCAUAGCUUCUCAAUGGGCGACAAUGUGGAGGUUUGUGUGGGUGAUUUGGAGAAUCUUCAGGCAAAGAUAAUAGCCAUUGAUGGAGCAAUGAUUACGGUGAUGCCGAAGCACGAAGAUCUCAAAGAUCCGCUUAUCUUCAAAGCCAAUGAACUGAGGAAGUACUUCAAGACCGGAGAUCAUGCCAAGGUUCUGGCUGGGCGGUAUGAAGGCGAGACUGGAUUGAUUGUUCGGGUAGAGCCAUCGAGGGUGGUUCUUGUGUCUGAUCUCACGAUGCACGAACUGGAGGUGUUACCCAGGGAUUUGCAGUUGUGCAGCGAUAUGGCCACUGGAGUGGAUUCUUUAGGACAAUUCCAGUGGGGAGAUCUCGUUCAGCUUGAUGCUCAAACUGUGGGCGUGAUUGUGCGCCUGGAGCGUGAGAAUUUCCAUGUGCUGGGUAUGCAUGGGAAGGUGAUUGAGGCAAAGCCACAGGCACUGCAGAAACGCCGUGAAAAUCGCAACACCAUGGCACUGGAUUCUGAGCAGCAGCACAUCCGACGCAAGGAUAUCGUGAAGGUGAUGGAGGGACCGCAUGCGGGCAGAGAUGGUGAGAUUAAGCACUUAUACAGGAAUCUGGCAUUUCUCCAUUCGCGAAUGUAUACGGAAAAUGGGGGUAUUUUUGUGUGUAAGACGCGUCAUUUGCAGCUGGCCGGUGGAAAUAAGGGGCAUACAAAUGGUUUGGGACAUAUGGGUAUGAUGGGCUUUAUGUCACCGCGUAUUCAGAGUCCAAUGCAUCCGUCUGGGGGAAGGGGAGGAGGUCGCGGGGGUGGAAGGGGUGGCAGGGGAGGUGGUAGAAUAUCAAGGGAUAGAGAGAUCCUGGGGAAGAGUAUCAAGAUUACGGGUGGACCGUAUAAGGGAUCAGUGGGAAUUAUCAAAGAUGCCACUGAAUAUACGGCUCGAGUGGAGUUACAUUCGUCAUGUCAGACCAUUUCGGUGGAUCGCAAUCAUAUUGCUGUGGUUGGGGCUCCGGCUGCGGCUUCGCCAUCGUUCACUAGAACUCCCGGACGUACACCUGGGUAUGGGUCACAGACACCAAUUUACAGUGGAUCCAAGACACCAUUGCAUGGAUCUCAGACACCGCAGUAUGAUAUUGGUAGUCGUACACCGUAUGGAUCUCAGACACCAUCCCACGAUGGUAGCGCCACACCAAAACAUGGCGCCUGGGAUCCAACUGUCACUAAUACCCCAGCUCGUAGCAAUGAUUUUGACUAUAGCAUUGAGGAGGCAAGUCCAAGUCCAGGAUACAAUCCCAGUACUCCUGGUUUCCAGAUGAAUACACCCUUUGCACCCCAUACCCCAGGGAAUAUGUAUGGCUCUGACAAUAGUUACAGUCCCUAUCAGCCGAGUUCCAGUCCGAGUCCUAGCACCUAUCAGGUGGGAUACAUGGCAACACCAUCCCCAUCGGCUUAUUCCCCUGUAACUCCGGGUGGUGCCCCUCAGUCCCCCUAUAAUCCCCAGACACCCGGUGCUAGCCUGGACUCGCACCUUGGUGACUGGUGCAGCACGGACAUUGAAGUUAAGAUUCGCACCCAUGAUGAUGUACUCCUGGUGGGACAAACGGGAAUUGUACGUACAGUGAACAAUGGCGUAUGCUCGGUCUUUUUACCCGAAGAAGAUAGAAAUGUGAGCGUGGUGAGUGGACAUUUGGAACCGGUGCCGCCUAGCAAGGGGGAUCAGUUUAAGGUGAUUCAAGGGGAGAAUCGUGAUGCCAUUGGGAAAUUGGUUGAAAUAGGAGCGGAUAGUUUGGUGAUUCUCGAGGGGAAGUCCAACAAGCCGAUUUAUAUGCAGAGUCAUCAUCUCUGCAAAAUGUCCAAGUAAUUGGAAUAAUUGCUUUUUAGCCAUUUAUAAUUAUUCACAACAAUUUUAUUGAGAGAAAAUGAAUGUUUAAGCAUUUAUUCGACAAAAUUCUGUCUGUCACUGUUGAAUAAAGAUAUUUUAGAGAUGGAUCAAUGAUGAAUAAUUAGAUGCAAACAUGUUUAGUGAAAGAUCAUACUCUAUCAUCUGAAGAUUAAAUAUUGGUUUUAUGGAAAGUGUGGAUGCUAAAGUAGUAUCAAUAUUAUAUUACAGACAUUACAAAUUCAAAUAAAUGAUUUAAAUAAA